AUGCCCCCGAUUGAGGUGGUCGGGGCCGCUGUGGCGCGGCGCGACUCGCCGCGCGCCCACCCCGUCUUUAUCUCCUACUCUCCAACCCCUUCUCUUGACUCCGAUACGGACAUUGGAGUGGGUUUCAGCGAGCAUGACGCUGCCUUCGAACCCCUUGGCCCCGCUGUGGAGGGGGAGGACAUCGCCGAUGUCGCGGACAUGAUGAUUGCCCGAGACAGGCUUCCUCUGACUAUUCGUCGUCGUCUGCGUCGCCUCGCGGAUCAGGACCAUCCCACACGACGCGUCUACACGUUGUCCACCCUAUCCAAUGACAUCGGAUGGGAUGGCCAGGUCAGACCCGUGGUGUUAAGCGUGGAAAGUGGCGCUAUCUGUCUGCGAGUUGUCGGCAUCUUGCAAGGAUUCCAGUACCAUGCCGAUCGCGGAGCCCCUCCUGAUCUCUCCAUUGAUAUCGACCCGCUGCGUGAUGUGGACCGUAGGGGCAUGCUGCGUAUUAUACGCUCUGCCGUCCCUCCUCCUGACGACAUAGAUGAAGAAGACUUUUAUCUGCAUGCGGAACUCAUUACGCGUGACCCAAACUAUGUCUUCUCUGAGGUGUACGACGCCACGCGCCGCAUGCGGCCUACCCCCUAUCUCGCCCGCAUACCCUUGACCAAUAUCCUCCCAGGCGACUACGUCAUGGUUGAGUGCAAGGUUAGGCGGGACCCGGUGGGGAGGCAUGGGUGGGACGUGCGCUUUGACUUGAUGACGGCGUACUUGCUGCACAGGGCCCGCGAUUGA